UGUAUGUUUAUUGAAUUAAAUGUUACUGUUUUUAUUUAUAAAAAAGUAAAUUUAGCAACUGGAAUAAAUAAAGUCAAUAAAGUUUUCGUUUCAAAGGUUAAAAUGAAUCAAUCAACAAGAUAUCCUCGAUUAAAUAAAGUUAAAAGCAGAAAUAACCAAUUACCGAUCCCAUAUAAUGGAGCCAAUUAUUUUAUAUCGACUCCAAAUGUGUCAAAUCCAGGACAGCUACAAGUCAAUAGUAAAUGUACAAACAACAUUGGAAAUAUAAAUGAUGUUUCAGUUGUGCAGUUUCAUAGAACCUCCAAUCUACAAGUUAAAAAUACUAAUGAAGAAGUAAAUAACUUUCAAACCAUGAGACACCACCAACAACAAUUUAUUUUCACAAGUCCACAAUAUCGAAAACAUCAGAAUUUAAAUUUGCAACAAAAAUGUCAGUUUAAUCAUGCCUUGCAAAGAAAAAUAAACAAAGAUCACAAUCAUCCUGAUAAUGGUUUAUCAAAUUCUCUGCAGAUACAGAAAAAUGUUGGAUGUUCAAACGAUUUAUCUUCUAGCGCUAAAAAUGUAAACGAAAUGCGAUAUCAACAAUAUGAGCAAGAUGUAAAAGUUAAUAACAUGAAUACUGGUAAAAAUAGUGUCUUGGAUGGUAAGCCAAAUUCAUGUUCUCAAAAACUGCAACCAAAGUGUAGAAAAAUACAAUUAAAGAAGUGUAAUAUUGACGAAAACAUAAACGAUACGACUACUUCAGAUAAUCCAUUGAGUGGACAACAUAAAAAGGUGUCGGAAAAUAUCAAUUUGACCAAUAUAACUAAUAAAAAUAAUGAUGUGUGUGUUGUUGAAAACGAAAGUGAAAUCGAGGAGGAACAAGAUGUAGAAAAAGAAGACAACUCUAGUAAUACACAAUCUGAUGUAGUUCAGUUCGAUGACAUCAAUGACAAAUCUAUAAAAAAUGCUCGUGAAAAAACUCCAAUGUGUCUCAUCAAUGAUUUAGCAAGAUUUAACAAAAUAUCAUUUCAGUAUCGUUUAACCAGUGAAAAUGGACCAGCACAUUGUAAACGUUUUACGGUGACUCUUAAGUUAGGAGAUGAGGAAUACACUGCAGAAGGAUUUAAAAUUAAAAAGGCUCAACAUUUAGCCGCAAAAGAAGCAAUAGAAAAAACAAAGUACAAGCACCCAACUCCUAAAGCUAGUCGUCGAAGUGAUGACAACAAUGUUACAAAAUCCAAUAUUACACCUACAGUUGAAUUAAACGCGCUCGCUAUGAAACUAGGCCAGCAAACGUAUUAUAUUUUUGAUCCCAGACAUACAACUUUACAGGAAAACAUUUUUACACAAAAUGAUAUAUCGAAAACCAAUUAUAAAUCAACAUUUCAGCAUUUGGAAUAUAGUAAAAUCAUACAGCAAUCAGAAAAUAUUGAUAAGAGCGUUGCUAAAUUUCUCCCAAACUCGACAAACAUAUCGAAGCAGAUUCCAGCUAUUAACCCAAAAAGACCGUUUUCGUCUAAAUAUCAAAUUCGAUUCCAGCACUCUGUUUCCAAUGUUUCUCCUAAAUCGAAUUCUCUUGCUUCCACGUACUUUCCUGUUACAUCUCCAUGCAAAAUUACACUUAUAGUUGGUACAAAGAAAUUUAUAGGCGUAGGAAGGACACUUCAACAAGCAAAGCAUAAUGCCGCUGCAAAUGCUUUGCAAGUGCUAAAAGAACAAAUAAAUAACGAAGAGGCAGAAUCCCACAAUGAAAGUCUGGAAGACACUGAUAAUAAAUCGCCUAUAUCGCUCGUUUUCGAAAUCGGUAUAAAAAGAAAUUUACCUGUUGAUUUUAAAGUACUUCGCGAGGAAGGUCCCGCACAUAUGCGAACUUUUAUUACAGCUUGUAUAGUUGGCGAUAUAAUAACUGAAGGUGAAGGUACUGGCAAAAAAGUUUCAAAAAAAAGGGCAGCCCAAAAGAUGCUUGAAGAGUUAAACAAAUUACCACCUGUUAUUCCUGUUACAUCUCCAGCAAAACGAGUUAAAUUAAAAAAUGCACCUAAAAAAAGCAUAGGUGUUCGACCUAAAAAUUUAGCUGAAUGUAGAGAAGAAACCGAUCGCACUUGGAAUAAAAAUAAAAAACUAACUACAGAAACAGACUCAGUAAAUCCUAUAACUAAAUUAUUGGAAUGGCAUCAAAAUAAAAAAGAAAAAGAGCCUACCUUUAAAUUAAUUAAUGAAUUAGGAAAAGAAAACUCACGAAGACGACAAUUUGUAAUGGAAAUUAGUUCAAAUGAUAUUGUUGCACGUGGAGUAGGCCAUAGUAAAAAAAUGGCUAAACGAGAUGCUGCCCAAAAUUUUUUGAUUGCGGUUAGUGGAGGUGUUAAAGUUUCAUCUAUUUCGGAAGGAAGUUGCUUAUCAAAGAGAUGUACGGAUGGUGGAAAUAGCAGUUUAACUUCAAUAUCUGAAACAUUUCCAGAUAUACAUAAACGAGAUGAAGCUCUUUCCAUUCGGACUCUAUCGUGCUUUCAACAGACAGACAGAUGGAAUGACAAAAUCAAUAUACCCCCCUAAGCUGUCUUCUGAAGACACAACAAAGUGGUAUAAGUUUGUGAGUCACGUCCAGAAGGCUUUAAAUUCCACGCUACACAGCUCUACUAAAACUACUCCUUUUGAAGUAAUGUUUGGCGUUAAAAUCAAAUCUAAUAUAUACAGUGGAAUAAUUGAUAUGCUUCAAGAAGAACUUAUUGAAAAUUACAACAAAGAACGUCAACAGCCAAGAGAGGAAGUUAAACAACAAAUCAUUGAGGCGCAAGAGAAAUACAAAAAUAGUUAUGAUAAACAACGUAAGCAGUCGUCAGUAUAUUCUGUGGGCGAUUUAGUGGCUAUUAAGAGGACACAGUUUGUAGCUGGUAGAAAAUUAGCGAGCGAGUAUUUGGGUCCUUAUAAAGUAAUAAAAGUAAAACGCAAUGAUCGAUAUGAUGUCGAGAAGGUCGCCGGUUCCGAUGGUCCACGUUAUACUUCUACAAGUGCAGACAACAUGAGGGGAUGGAAAUCCUCUGAUGCCGAAGAUGAGCUGUCAUCUGGGACAGAUGAUUUUCAGGAUGGCCGAUUGUAAAGGAUUAACAUUGAUCUAUUGUCAUUCUCUUACCCUGUGGUGAAUACAAGCAUAAAGUGGAUAAUAAUAAGAAUAAAAAAAGCAGG